AUGAUGUCAAAACUCCAACGUUCGACUUCUGCCAUAUAUUAUCCCAAAGAACAAAAACCAACAAUAAUCUCUCUCUUGGGUUUCUCACGGACGCAGCGCAGUAGGGCAAACAUGACCUCCACAUCGUAUUCUACCAUGGAAAUGGAAUCAUUUACAGAAAAAAGAUCGAUUCUAUCAUUACAAUCGAAUGGACCAUUCAUCAGUGAUAUUUUCCAACGACAACCUGCUAUUGAAAGAACUCGCCGCAAAAUAAUCACAUAUCUUUUCAUCGAAUUUGUCGUAAUGAUUAGCUAUGUAAUCCUUCAAAUCGUCGCUUUCAUUUUGGACGAUUCGGGAUCUCAUAAAGUCGAUACGAGCAUUAUUAUCGAAUUGAUUAUCACCGGUGUUUUAGUUCUUUAUAAUCUUUCUUUCAUCAUUAUGUUAACUGAAUAUUUCCCGCGUGCAAUCUUCGUGUUUUCCUGUCUGACCUUAGUGCAAUUAGCAAGUGCGUUUCUCUUAUUCGUACUUUCAAUUAUGACAACAGUCGUUAGCUUAUCCUUGAUACAUGCCGUUAGAUUUGGAAUCAUUCUCGAUAUAGUUUAUAUCAUCAUAGCUUUGUUCAUCAUUGGUCUAUCGGUAGGGAUAGUUUGCUCUUCGGAAACUAAACUAAUGGAGAACUGA